GGAGGAGGAGGAGGAGAAGGAGGAGUAGGAACAAGAGGAGGAGGAGGAAAGGAGGAGGAAGAGGAAGAAGAGGAAGAGAACGACGAGGAGGAGGAGGAGGAGGAGGAGGAGGACAUGGCAUCACCAGAGACAAUAUAUAAACUCGUGUGCAAGAAAAUGGAACACUCUGUUGGCCUCACAGGAGAUAAACCUCAGUGA